UGUUUGCAAAAGCGAAGGAUUUAAAAUAGAAACACAGCAGCAGGACAAUCGACAGCCGUAUCGAAAACCUAGAAAGCGUCGUUACGCCCGACGGGCACCUCUCGACUUUCGCGCCGUUCGCCCCUAUCGAUCAGCUUUUAUCGAUCGUCGACGACACGUGUUAACAAGUCGGUCUGCACUUCGGCUCGAUAAGACGUUAUUUAUCGACUCCUGCCUCUAAAGCAGUGACGCGGCUAUUUAUUAUACCGAUAGCUACCAAUUCCUGUGCGGUGUCAAAGAUUAAUUCGUUAUUUGUUGGGGUCGCCUUGGGCUUAGGCGGGUAAGGAAGCAGGGAGCCCUGUACAAAGUCAAGAGCUUCGAGCAGCACAAACAAUGGGAUCCAAUACACGUCAAUCAUGACAUAGGUCUGUGUAGACUAAAAAAUCCAUUGACAUUGGGAAAUAAGGUGAAGAGGGUGGUGCUAAUGAAACAUCCCCCAAAAACUCACAUAGCUGACUUGGCUGGGUGGGGCGCAAUUGAAGAACAGAACUACGAUAACUCGAUCAUGCUCAAGCACACGAGACAGAAACUGUGGUCCCAUCAGCAGUGCAAAAGGGUUCUCCACAAUGCGCCCAGAGGUACUAUUUGCGGUGGUCAACCUCACUCCAAAGGGAAUUUCGCUUCUAAAGGAGACUCCGGCAGCGGCCUUCUAGUCCACAAAGACAUAAUAGUAGGCCUCGUCUCCUACAAGGACAUCUACAUUUCCCGCAGCCUGGUGGUCUACACGAACGUUCCACAUUACUACGAUUGGGUUAAGCGCGUGUCAAAACAAUUGAAUUGCUAUUAAUAAAUAAAAACUCCU